ACCAUAGGCCCAACUAUUUAUUUGCUAAUUACAGCUCACCGUCAGCGACUCUAGGGUAUCAAGCUUUCCAGCUAUCGGCAGACUUCAACAUCUACAUCAUGGCGACGCAAAUGAGAGGGAGGAAGAAGUUUGUAGCGGACGGUAUAUUCUACGCCGAAUUGAAUGAGGUUUUGACAAGAGAGCUUCAGCUUGCAGAGGACGGUUACGUUGGUGCGGAAGUUAGGGUUACAACGACGGAAGAAGUUGUAACUGAGAUUUCAAAGAAAGAAGAAGCCUCCCCGGCUACGAGAGGUGGCUUAGGCUGUACGGGAGAUAAGAGUUCUACAAAAACAAAGCAGUGAAUGGUUUCUGAUGAGAAUCCUAAACCCUAGCUAGUUUACUUUUGAAACUGUUGCCACAUGAUAUGGUUUGCUUCAUCCACAAGGCACUAAUUUUUUUUGUUUCUUCCUAUAUAUAUUAUCACAUUCGAUUUUUAAAUUAUUAUUUUUAAAUAAGUUUUCAUUGUUGGUCCA